ACCAUGAAGCUGUUUGUAUUCCUAGCCUGCCUGGCUGUUGCCUCCGCCAGUGUGCUGCCUGCGGCGCCUGGCAAGGCUGUCCCAGUCAAGGACAUGCCCCGCGACGGCAAGAUCGAGGGUCGCAUCACCAAUGGUUACCCAGCUUACGAGGGUAAGGUGCCCUACAUUGUGGGCCUGAGCUUCAACGAUGGUGGAUACUGGUGCAGUGGCUCCAUUAUUGGAAACACCUGGGUUCUGACCGCUGCCCACUGCACGAACAACGCCAACCAUGUGCUGAUCUACUUCGGAGCUAGCUUCCGUCAUGAGGCCCAGUACACCCACUGGGUGAGCCGCAGCGACAUGAUCCAGCAUCCCGACUGGAACGACUACCUGAACAACGACAUUGCUCUGAUCCGUAUUCCUCAUGUGGACUUCUGGAGUCUGGUCAACAAGGUUGAGCUGCCCAGCUACAACGAUCGCUACAACAGCUUCUCCGGCUGGUGGGCUGUGGCUUCCGGUUGGGGUCUGACCAACAACGACAGCGGCAUGUCCAACUACCUGAACUGCGUGGAUGUCCAGAUCAUGGAGAACAACGACUGCCGUAACUACUACGGUGGCAACUACAUCACGGACAACACCAUUUGCAUCAACACCGAAGGUGGCAAGUCUUCCUGCAGCGGUGACUCUGGCGGUCCAUUGGUCCUCCACGAGGGCAACCGCAUCGUGGGUAUCGUAUCCUUCGGCAGUGGAGAGGGCUGCACCGCUGGCAGGCCCGCUGGUUUCACCCGUGUCACCGGAUACCUGGACUGGAUCCGCGACCACACUGGAAUUUCUUACUAAGAACUCAACGAAAAUAAAGGAAUAAUAUAAACCUA